UUGUCAUCGCCUCCGUUUGUGAGGGAAGGAAAUGACCGCAACACCCGCCGUUUGUUGUGAAGCGGCGGGCUAGUGUGUAUAAAUCUACCGAUGGCUGCAAACACUUGUUCGUGGGCUCAGAGAUCGAUUGAACAUGGGGUGGAAACGCAAGUCGUCAUCUCCAGAACUACAACUGAAUCCUGCCAAAGCACCUAAGAGGGAAUCUAUCUGCAGAUCUCCUUUCUCUCUCAAACCGUCUCCUAGUUCCUGGAGAAGGACGGUCUCCACCCCCAUUAAGACGAAGUCAAUACAGACUCCAGAUCAAUCCAAUUGCCAGGAGCAGAACUCCAGCCCAGACCAUGGUGAGGAUGAUGCUGACAGUGUCCAUGACUCCACUCCAGUUUCAUCCCCCCUGCAGUCAGAGGUGGAUGCAGAGCUGGGUCUGGUCAUCACUGUGGAUGAGGACAGGUGUGAAGGAGAGGAGUGGCUGAAGAAACGAAAUAGAUUGAAUGUAAAGAAGAGUGGAAUGACUCGGGUGGAAGUAGAGUUCCCUGAGAAGAAUGGAGAGAUGGAUACGUCUUCAGAAGAGCUUGAGGAAGAGGAUGAGAGUGAGGAAGAGUUGAGGAAGCUGGACAGAGAUUUAAUGCUAAAAUCUAAAAAACUCAAGCUCUCCUCUGUCAACGUUCGUAACAUCAUUCAUGAGGUGGUAACCAAUGAGCAUGUUGUGGCCAUGAUGAAAGCGGCUAUAAGAGACACACAAGAUAUGCCCAUGUUUGAGCCUAAAAUGACCCGUUCUAAGCUCAAAGAAGUUGUUGAGAAAGGGGUGGGGAUGUGCAACUGGAACAUCUCUCCAAUAAAAAGGCCAUGUCAGAUUAAGCCACCCCAGUUUGUGGACAUUCCCCUGCAAGAGGAGGAGGACUCCUCUGAUGAAGAGUAUUGUCCUGAUGAAGAUGAGGAAGAUGAAACGGCUGAGGAGACUUUUUUGGAGAGUGAUGUGGAGAGCACCGCCUCCUCACCACGUGGCAGCAGACGUUCUUCCUCUCAUACGCCCUCCCAUUGUGAUGAUGCCAGCAACAGCCCCAGACUGAAGCCCAGGCUCUCCAGGCACCUGAGAGUUGAAGCAGUGCCAAUGGGUCCCCCUGCCCCACCUCCUCAGUCCUGUGGCCCCUCACAAUCCCUCAGGGCCCCUGACCCCUUCAUUGAGAAACUCCAUGCUGUGGAUAAAGAACUUGAACUCAGUCCUCUCUGCAUGGAGCCUUACCAGGCUCUGAGCAAUGGCAGUGGAGGGGAGCCGAAUGGCAGUCUGGUAGCCUGCCGUACUCGGUCAAAACGUCCGCUGAGGGACGUCCCUCUUGAUCAGCUGGAGGCAGAGCUCCGUGCACCAGACAUCACACCAGAUAUGUACGAUAAUGUCUCCACACCAGAGGACCGUGAAUGGACCCAAUGGCUGCAGGGACUCAUGACCUCUCACCUGGACAAUGAAGAAGAGGCUGAUGAAGAUGACGACCCUGAAUAUAACUUUUUAGAUGAUCUAGAUGAGCCAGAUUUGGAGGAUUAUCGAAAUGAUCGUGCUGUUCGAAUCACAAAGAAGGAAGUCAAUGAGCUCAUGGAAGAGCUGUUUGAGACGUUCCAUGAUGAGUUGGCAGCCAAUGAACAAGACGAGGAAGGUCAUGAAGAAGAUGAGGAACGUGAUGAGGAGACCAAUGACACUCCACAAUUUAAUGUUCCUCAAGCCAUUAGGUUUGAGGAGCCACUGGCUCACAUGUUGACAGCAUGCAGGCGGACCGUUAGAGAGCAGCUGGAUGCUUUGCAGCAGCGACGGGAGAACCAGGUUCGGACCACCCAGCAUGCACCUGGGCCUGGCAUGGUUCUUUUGCAGCCCAGCUGUCCUCUGGUGGUCACGUCUCCUCAGAGAAUACAGCUGCAGCAGCAAAUACAGCAACAUGUCCAGUUACUGACACAGGUCAAUAUGCUGUGCAAACCAGUGGAGGCGCUACAGAGUGAAGCUCAAACCACCAAACAUUUCCUGGGGGAGUUGCUGUCGUUUGCGGAGCGGGCUGAGGAGGGGAGGUCAGCAGUUAAUUCAGGUUUUAGAAGCAUGUUUAGGGUGUGUAACUUGCAGUCCUCCCUCAAGCUGCUGGAGGAGUUAAAACAAUGUCCGUCUCCUCUGUAUCUUCCUCCCAAACCCAUUCGCCGUCACUCAGUUUGUUCGUACCCAUUGCUCCCAGCUGGUCUUGCAUGGUUGUUCGCCACACGCUCUGUGUUUCUGUACCCAGAGCUUCUACCACAGUGCAGUCUGGAUCCAGUCCUGCAUCGCACACGCAGAAAACAUUACAUCAAAGGGGAAGACGGACUGAUAGUAUUGGGGUUAAAGCACUUUGCUCAAACAGAGUUGCCAUACCACCUGAUGAGCCGCUACUUGAUCCGACCCAAGCCUCAAGAGCAGCUGCGUGCACGUGUGAAGGAAAUGGCGUCCGCCAAAGCCCCACACAACAUAAUCAAGUUUUACUGCCAGAAUAGUGUGGUUCCUCCUUUGCCGGUGAUGUGCAGACCUGUGGUACCUGGAGAGGAGCGCCCUCCUGUGGAGAGAGAGCAGGAUAUCAUGCCAAUCUGGCUGAAGAAAAGCUUGCCAUACAUCCAUAGGGGAGUUUGUCAGAGCAGUUUACAGGUGACCUCCACCACCACUAAAUCUCUUACCCUGUCCUUCCCAAAAGGAACACGCUACCCACAAUUCCUCCCUAAAGGUGUUUCUCUUCGUCUACAUCCAAGUGUAAGUCGCCCUUCACAGCCCAAAUCUCAGCGUAUGUUCGGUUUCGUCCACCCUACUCUCACACCGUUGCCGAAAGCUCCUCCGUGUCCCACAGGUGCAGGAAAUGUAUUAUCCAAUGUCUCCACACCACUUCCAGCACAUGGUGUAAUAUUAUUAGCCCAAACACCUAGCACUCCUAUAAAUGGGGUGUUCCCAUUGGUUCAGCCCUUUUUGACUCCUGCACAUGGGACCGUCCCACUGUGCGCUUCUUAUCCUAUUAAUUUCCAGUAUGUUACUCCAGAAUUGGGGGCUGGUAAUAUGGCACACCCUUCUGCUAACUUGCCCCCCACUGUAGUUCAGAUACCCCCAAGUGACAUACAUCUACAUAGUACUGGGACAGUCAGGACGUGUGGCGUGCAGCAGAUGUCCGAUAAGCACAAGAAACGGACCAUGCCUAGAAAACUUGCUCCUUUGAAACCAGCCCCCCAGCCAUUUCCCCUGUCCUCUAGUACAAUGGGAAACGUAAGCAACCCUGCUGUUGUAACGGACCAGCCAAUAUCCUUAAGUGUUACACAGAAUUUUCCAUUAGAUAACGUUGUUAUCAAAGCCCAUGAAAAUGCUCCUCACCUGACUGCCACCACACAGAGAUUGGUCACAUCUCCCUCCCAGGAUCUUGUCAUACAGUUAGUCCCUGGAACACAGGCCGUGGAAAAUGCCUCAAGUCCCUAUUUCGGAAAGACGACACAGAGGUCAGAAUGUGACUUUUUGCAAACCAUGAAGGACAUCCCUCCUUCACACUAUAGUGUUCAAAAUGGUCAAAGGACUGUUUUUUCUCCUCUGACAUCAGCAGCAGCAGACAGUUCUCAGUUUGUACUGGUUCAGACCAUUUCACCUACUGGAGUUCCUCAGUUCCUACUUUUGCCCCAAGACCCAUUCAUUCUGAACCAACCUGCUCCACUUCAUGCUGAAGGUGCAGCAGGGAGUUUAUCCCAGCAGACUGCCUUUUCUGACAUUCCUGCUGGCUCCAUAGUACUAAAUAACACAGAGAGGACUGAGGUGCCUUUAAACAUCAUAACACCAUCCACAGAAGAUAGAGAAAGAAAGGAAGAGGGUGAGGAAAUGACUGGAGACAGAUGGGAAGAGGAAAUGGCUGGUGCUCUGUUUGGUAGUCCUCUCCUGGCACUCUCAGAGUCCUCUUGCAGCCCCGACUCCAGUUUGACCAGCAUGGAUGCAAGCACAGACAGUGAUGCUGAAGCCUCUGUGAGGGUGAAGACGGACACUGGAGAGUGUCUUCCUGUCCGGUCGGGCUCUGGCAGUCAGGAAACAUUCGGAGUGCACAAACACAGCACUGGAGAUGGGAAGGAGCAACAAUCCGGUGGGGGAGAGAAACAGAGCAGUGGGAAUGAGGAUGUUGGACAGGCCGAGGAGAGGGAGAGUGGGGGAGAUGGAGAGCGUGAUGAAGAUAAAGAAGGAGAGAAGAACGGUGAUGGAGAAGAUGGCAGAAAAAGAGAUGGGGGUGGAAGUGGCGAUAAAGGAAGCGAAGAGAAGGAUGGAGAUGGAGAAAAAGAUGGAGAUGGAGAGCGGGAUGAGGAAGAGGAGGAUUUUGAUGACCUCACGCAGGAUGAAGAUGAGGAGGAAGUGAUGUCUUCGGCAUCAGAGGAAUCUGUGCUGUCUGUUCCAGAACUUCAGGAGACAAUGGAAAAGUUGACCUGGUUGGCAUCAGAGAGGAGACUAUGCAGAGAGGGAGACUCUGAGGAGGACAAUUCGCCCACGUCCCCAACAUCCCCCACCUCCCCAAACUCUCAAAACUCCCCUGCUUCCCAGAAUUCGCAGGAGGAGAACUCCGAGGAUGAGGAUGAUGGGGCGAUAAAGGGUGAUGAGAUGGAAGCAGGGGAGGGAGAAUGCGAAAAGCUUCCUGAGGGAGAUGCGCCACUGGGCGACGACCCCCCACAGAUCACCGGGAGAGGAGGAGGCCGUGGAAGAGGCCGCGGUCGCCCACCCCCUCGUAGUCUGAAGCGUUGUCGACGUCAGGAAAGAGGCAGUAAAGAUGCCUCAAAGCUGCUGCUACUGUAUGAUGACCACAUUUUGGACAAAGAUCCAUUGAGAGAGAGCAAAGACAUGGCUUUUGCCCAGGCUUAUCUCAACAGGGUGCGUGAGGUCUUGCAAGACAUCCCUGGUAAGGUGGAGGAGUUUUUAGGACUGCUUUAUGAGUUUGACCAGUCAGGAGAGUGCCGCAGUGUUGUAGAGCUGUUCUCCCAGCUGAAACUUCUCCUCAACGAUUGGCCUGAGCUCCUCAAGGACUUUGCCGCUUUCCUUUUACCCGAACAAGCGCUGGAGUGUGGACUGUUUGAGGAGCAGCAGGCCUUUGAGAGGAGUCGUCGGUUCCUGCGUCAGUUGGAGAUCAGCUUUGGGGAGAAUCCUUCUCAUUACCAGAAGAUAGUGAGAGCUCUGCAGAGUGGAAGUCCUCUCAGUCCUGCUGGCGUUGAAGAGCUCAAAGCACAAAUGGUCACCCUUCUUAAGGGCCACACACACCUACAGGGAGAAUUCUGGAUGUUUUUUGAUGAGAUGCGUCCACCUCCAGCACGUCCUGGCCAGUUUGAAGAGGCAGUUUGGCCAGAGGACAUGGGCACUGGGACAGAUGGAGAGGCAGGGAUGACUGUGGACUCUAGAGGAGGUGUAUGGGGAGGGUUUGAGGAGGUCACACUCCCUGAUCUCGAGGAGGAUGAAGAGUCGCACAAGGUUCGACAGAUCAGCAGCAGGAGCAAGAGGAGGAAAGAAAUGCACACGUAUGGCAACUACAAGGACUGUGAUUGGCCUGAGAAAGAUUGCUCCUGUCCCUGUCAUGACUCCAGCCUUGAUGCCAAACAUCGCAGGCAUAAGAGAAAGGGAUGCUUGCGUUGUCAUAGCAACAAGGCCACUAAUGGCUCAAAGGUGCUGAAAAGCCGUGAUUCUGUGUUUCCGUCUGUUGAUGCGCAAUCUGAAAGGGGAGGGGAAGAAAAGGAAGAGGAAAAAGGACAAGGGGAGGAUGGAGAGGCAGAGAAAGAGGUUAAAGAUGAGACUGGCAGUGGAGAAAACAGUCCACAUCACGAGGGUGAUGGGCCUGUGUGGGAGGAAGGAGAGAGACCCCCUUCCCCCAUCCCAGAGGAGCAAAAAAUACAGAACGAAGAAGGCAACGAGAAAAACGAAGAGGAUCACACGUCUCCACAGAAGCACAGUAGGGAUGAAGAUGAUGAAUUAGGAGAGAGAGACACCACUCAGCAGAGCACACUGAGCCCGGCCUUAGACACGCCUGUGUGUGCCAAAAACAUCUCCCUCACUCCCAGUGGAGAGAGGGUCAUUCUCUGGACCAGAGAGGCUGAUCGAGUGAUCCUUACUGCCUGUCAGCAGCAAGGAGCCAAUCAGAGCACCUUUCAGUCUGUGGCAGAGCAGCUUGGAAACAAAACAGCCAGUGAGGUUUCAAGGAGAUUUCGGGACCUGAUGCGUCUCUUCCAUACGUCAGCUUGUCAGGCCAGCUCAGAGGACGAGGCUGCUGAGCAGCAGUCUGCCACUGAUGAGGAGCAGGAUUGAGACUUUCCUUCAUCAUUAUGAACUGUUGUCUUUGUGCAAUAAAACAGCAAUGCAGUUCUU